CGGUGUAGUCGCACAAGUUAAAUUUUUUUAACGGAUCCACCGCUCAAAACGGAUCCGAAAAUUACGUAUCCGCAGAUGGUCGGCACCUCACGCAGCGAUCUUGCGACUCUCCAUAGGAAAUGAAUGACUUCCGGUUUAUCGGCGGUCGUUUGUCGUGUGCAGUGUGAAGGCGGCUUUAAAAAAAUUAACCUAUAUCUGCUAAUCACUUUGAUUGGCAUCGUUACGCUCCGGUUCCCUGCCAACGAGGUUAAACAGACAUGGUAUUAUGGCGAGAAAGCGGCCAGAUGGAUCAGAAAGUGAAGGAGCACGCAAAAAGAACCAGCAAAAUUUACACAGUCUCUACAGUUGUGCUACACUGCAUUUGUGCAAGGAAUAAAUCUAACAAAACUCACUGCUGCUGGUGUGGUGAAUGAAGCACAGUUUAUUUACUUCAACGGCAACGUCUGUAAGAUGAUCCCAAAUUUAACUGCUGAAGACGAAGCUCACUGGACACAUAGAAUGCAGGGUGAAAGGGAGGACUUCAAAUUCUUGUUGUCUAUAAUAAAUGAAGAUGACAACUUUAACAACACUAAAGGUGCUCACACGGUGCAGUGGACAUACAGCUGUGACCUGAAAGAUGACAACACCACUGGAGGAAACCUGCAGUAUGUUUUUGAUGGCAAAGAUUUUAUGUCUUUGAAUUUGACGUCUGCCACUUGGAUUACAUCUACCUUUAUCAAAACCAAGUGGGAUGGGAAUGGGAAAAAAACUAAAUACUGGAAAGACUUUUUGGAGAGAGAGUGUACCAACUGGUUGAAGAAGGUUAUGAAAUGCAGCAGAGAGAUUCUAGAAAGGAAUGUUCGUCCUGAGGCAUUAGUGUUCCAGAAACACUGGUUUUCUCCAGAGGUGGUGUGUCACGCUACAGGUUUCUUCCCCAAAGCAGUGACGAUCUCCUGGACGAAGGACAGAGAGGAAGUGCAUGAUGAUGUGGAGCUCAGAGAGACGUUACCCAACCAGGAUGGAAGCUUCCAGAAGAGAAGCAUUAUGAAUGUCUCAGCUGAGGAGCUGCAGAAACACAACUACACAUGUGUGAUUCAGCACAGCAGCUUGGAGAAGGAGUUAGUGCUGAAUGUGAGCGAGCGACAGAUCCUGAAUGGAUCAGGUGGAGGAUCAGAUGGAUGGAAGUUUGGUGUUAUUGUUGCUGUAGUCGUCACUCUAUUUGUUGUUGCUGCUGUUCUCAUGUUUUUCUGGAAGAAGAGAAAAAGUUCUGGUGCAGAAAAACCCCAGGAAGUUCAACAGAACGGAACUGAGUUACAUCCCUUAAAUGUGUGUUAAAGUACAUAUUUUGAUAUUUAUAUUACAUUUAAUAUAUUUACAGUUUAAUUUAUGAAAGCAGUAUUGACUGUUUCAGUGAAAUUCAGCUCACUGAAUUUAUAUUGAGUGGAACGUUGGCUGUUUUCUGAAGAUAAGUUACAGUCGGCCGGCGCGCCCGUUCAUUCUACUCUCCAGUGUUUGCACCCUGGACAAUAAUCUGGACUACAUCCGACUCAAACGCACUACACGGCGAGAGUUUAAAAACUGCUGCGUCUUUGUUUUCAUGGAGACGUGUCUCAGCGACAGAGUUCCGGACGCCGCCAUUCAGCUCAAUGGGCUUAACUCGUUUCGCUCCGUUUACAUCAACACGGAAUGGUGUAAGAACUCUGUGCUUGUUUCUAGUUACUGUUCAUCGCUAGUGGAGUUUGUGACUGUUUGUUACAGGCCAUUUUAUUUACCACGGGAAUUCACCACUGUUUUCAUUGUCGAAGUUUACAUCCGCCCCAGCGCUAAUGCUAAAGAGGCUCUAAGUGAGCUAUACGGAGCCACUAGCGAUCUACAGAAUGUUUAUUAUCGCCGGAGAUUUUAAUCAUGCAAAUCUCAAGUCAGUGCUCCCUAAAUUCCAUCAGUAUGUGGACUUUGCAAUGAGAUGGGGAAAACGCGCUGGAUCUUGUUUACACAAUUACAUCAUUCCCAGCGUGUAUCGUGCAGAGCCCCGCCCCCACCUCGGCUACUCAGACCACAUCGUCAGACGAUCUAAACCGGUUUUGAUGCAGGUGAAAACCUGGCCAGCACGAGCCACCUCUGCUCUUCAGGACUGCUUUGAGUGCACUGACUGGAACAUCUUCAGGGAGGCUGCAACCAACGGCGACUCCAUCUACAUGACCAGACUGACCAGCUACAUUGGCAAGUGCAUUGAUGACAUGACCGUCUCCAAGACCAUCACCACACCCUCCAACCAGAAGCCGUGGAUGACUGCUAAAGUGCGUGCGCUGCUGAAGACUAGAGACCUAGCCUUCAGAACAGGAGACAGGGUGGCCCUAAGAACAGCAAGGGCCAAACUGUCCCGAGCCAUCAUAGAAGCAAAGCGCACACAUGCCCAGACAAUCCACAGCCACUUCCAGGACAGCAGAGACACCCAGCGCAUGUGGCAGGAUAUACAGGCGAUCACAAACUACAAGACAGCUUCACCUGCCUGUGAUAGUGAUGCCUCCCUCCCAGAUGCGCUGAAUGACUUCUACGCUCGGUUUGAGGUGCAGAACGACGUAACGGCAAGGAAGACCAUCCCUCCCCCCAUGCAGAGUUAACCCACAGAAGGCUGCUGAACUAGACAACAUUCCUGGCAGGGUGCUCAGGGAAUGCGCAGACAGCCAACGGAUGUCUUCACUGACAUCUUCAACAUCAAUCUGUUUACAUGCUAUUUUUGCACUUUUUUGCUAUUUGCACGUUCUGUCUGACAUUUCAGUUGAUUGCUGUUUUGCACAACGCUUUACUUUAUCUCAGGUAACUGCUGCUUAAAACGCUGUUCAUUCCGGUAUUUCUGCAGAUGUAAUAUUGUCUGAACAUACAGUAUUUACACUGGUCAGUGCUGUUUUUGUGUAUUGUCUUGUAAUUUUUUUUUGUUUGCACUGUCUUUUGUCUUGCACUAUUUGCACCAGGUUUCACAGUUGCACAUUAGGUGGCUAGGACUGUUUACUAAGUCCUCAGCUCUGUCUGUACUGCAACAGCUAUAUAUAGUUGAAAUGACAAUAAAAGCUUCUUGACUUGA